GUGAAUGGUAAUCCCCUGCCCUCCAUGCUCCACUCCGAGCCCGUAUUUAAUUCCCCUAAACCCCCCAGCUGUCGAUCGGCUCACGCGCGGAACGCGACAGACUGCGAAGCCGCUCUCGGUUAUUAAUAAUUCACCAGCUCCUGUGCGUCUCCGUCCGCCAUCACUGUUGUACCGGGUAUCACGUUAUUUUGUUGUUGUUGUUGUUAGGGCUUUUUUGUUCUUUUUUGGCAACCGGACUCAUUCUUAUUCCUAUUAUUUCACUGAAUUUGUUUUAGCGAGCGUAUCAGCGUCAGAGCGUCAGCGCCGUAAAAAGUGCGUUUGUGUUUCCGUUGCGCGUCGCGCGCCGUGAUUUCUGCACAGCCGCCGCGCCCGAAAUUCAGCGUUUCUCUCUGACUUUUCAUCCGUGCGGCGAAUUUAAAAGGAAGAGGAGGGAACUGAGAGAGGUGUCCGGAGAAAAGGGAUGGAGAUCGAGCGCUGAUAACGGAUGAAGUCUGGAAACGUGAGACAGCUUUGUUUUUUUUGUUUUUUUGUAAUCGGCUCAAAGCAGAAAGUUGUGGCUCGGUGUUCGGCUCACUGAACGGACCCGGACUUACCUCGCCGCUUUUUACCGUUUGAGACAAAGUAUAACAUAAAACGUCAGGGAACAGGAAAAAUCUGGCUCGGAUAAAUUCCCAUAAAUCCCCAAAUCUUCACCCGGAGAUCGUAUAUUAAGUGGUACUUUAGUUUUAAAAUGUUCGGUGCCCCUCAGGCCGUCCCGAGAUAAGCUUCUUUCGCUUCCGGUAUCAUCCGAAGAUACCGAGCCGCUCGCGCUCCCUCUCUUACGCUGUUUUUUUUUUUUUUUUUUUUUGGAAACUUUUUUGUCUGAAGGAGAAAAAUGGGUCUUUGAGACUGUUGGCACUUUUCCCCGCUCCACAAUGGCUACCGAAUCAUUUCUGGUGAAUGAAGACCCGUCCAGAGGUCCUGGGAUGCCGGAAUGCUUUGUUGUGUCUGAUUCCUACCGGGAUGAGUUCCAUCCGUUUAUCGAGGCGCUGCUGCCGCAUGUGCGUGCCUUCUCCUACACCUGGUUCAACCUGCAGGCGCGCAAGCGCAAGUACUUCAAGAAGCACGAGAAGCGUAUGUCGAAGGAUGAGGAGAGGGCAGUGAAGGAUGAGCUGUUGGGUGAGAAACCUGAAAUCAAGCAGAAGUGGGCGUCGCGUCUGCUGGCCAAGCUGCGCAAGGACAUCCGGCCCGAGUUCCGUGAGGACUUUGUGCUCACCGUUACGGGCAAGAAGGCUCCAUGCUGCGUGCUCUCCAACCCUGACCAGAAAGGCAAAAUCCGCCGCAUCGACUGCCUCCGUCAGGCCGAUAAGGUGUGGAGGCUCGACCUGGUGAUGGUCAUCCUGUUCAAGGGCAGCCCGCUGGAGAGCACGGAUGGCGAGAGGCUCGUCAAAUCGCCCCAGUGCACCAACCACGGUCUGUGUGUCCAACCACAUCACAUCGGAGUCUCUGUUAAAGAGCUCGACCUCUACCUGGCCUACUUCGUCCACACACCAGAAUCUGGACAAUCAGAGAACUCCAACCAGCAAGGAGAAGCAGACGUCAAGCCACCACCCAAUGGACACUUGAGUUUCCAGGACUGCUUUGUGACUUCAGGAGUGUGGAACGUGGCCGAGCUGGUCCGCGUGUCACAGACUCCAGUUGCCACGGCUACCGGUCCCAACUUCUCCCUGGCCGACCUGGACAGUCCUGGAUAUUACAACAUCAACCUGGGUCGCCGGUCCAUCACGUCCACCCCAUCGACCAGGACUGAAAUGGAGCUGUAUGGCAGUCUCCCUCGGAGCUCAAACAAGCGCAAGUCAAUUGAUGACAGUGAAAUGGAGAGCCCAGUGGAUGAUGUGUUCUACUCGGGCCGUUCCCCUGCACCCGGAGGCUCACAGCCCAGUGGUUGGCCUAAUGAUGUAGAUGCAGUGCAGCACCAUUUGGCCAGUAUGCAGGAGAGGAAGAUUAAACAUGAGAGCGAUGGCGUGCAGUUUCCUUACCAUGGACUCUCGUCGCCUGGUUCUCUUAAGAAGCCUGGGAAAUUCGAUUUCAGCGCUCUGUCCGGCCAGACGAGGUCUGCCCGCAUGCCGUUCACCCACCACCCACUGCCCAUGCUGGCAGGAGUGAGACCAGGGAGCCCCCGUGCCUCAGCCUCAUCUCUGCACUUUCCCUCUCCCUCCAUCAUUCAGCAGUCGAGCCCUUACUUCACUCACCCCACCAUCCGCUACCACCACCACCCGGGGCAGGACCCACUCAAAGAGUUUGUGCAGUUUGUGUGUGCUGAUGGACCGGGCCAAGCUGGAGGUCAGCCGAACGGGAGCGGCCAGAGCAAAAUGCCCGGCUCCUUCUUGCUGCCUCCGCCACCCCCUGUGGCGCGUCCAGUGCCCCUCCCCAUGUCUGACUCUAAACCCAGCAGCAUGCCCCUUGAUGGUGGACUCACCUCGCCCGCAUCUCCGUCAUACUCCACGCCAGGCUCCACAACUCCCAACAGGUUUGUCAGCAUCGGAUCACGGGACAACAACUUUCUAAAUAUCCCCCAGCAGACACAAUCUUGGUUCCUCUGACAAAAUCUGCCUGCCAAAAAGAAAUUAUAAUCCCAUCUCUACAAUCUGGAAUCUUGAAUCAGGACACAAAAAAUCCACCUAAAAUUGCCCUCGUGCCCUAUUGGCCCAAUAGUACAACAAAGAAAACCAGCAAAUCUUCUUAUCAUUUGGAAACAUUCUGAUCCUGUCGACUCACGGCAAUGACCCCUCCCCCUUUUUUAACAAGAGGAUUGUGUGACAUUUUGAAGGAGGACAUGGAGUCUCACAAAAGCCACAGAAAGACAACAACAAAAAGCAGAAACACAAAAGAACAACCCGAAGAGGAAAAAAAGAAAAAAAAGAAUCUGUUACUCAAUAUUGAUCUGAUAUUGUGCAAUGGCUGGGGACAUCAACAAUGGUGAGGUUUUAAUAAUAAUAAUAAUAAUUAUAAUAAUAAUUAUAGUAAUAUUAAUAAUAAAGCAAACAAACUUAGUUUUAGAAACUAUCGGGACACUAAAUAAUCAAAAUGUUAAGCAUCCUGACAUCUAGUAUGGAGCUAAUAGUCCCUUCUGACACCAUUUGUAGUUCAGAGUAGAAUUUGGUCUCGAUGUGUCCAUUCCUUUGACAGCCAUUUUAACAACAAAUUACUAAUCAAAAAUACAAUCACACAAAAUAAAAACCUAAAGUAUUGCACUAGAAAAAGGAAAUGAAAAUGAAACACUACUCUCAUGUCCUCUAUUGAAAAUAGGAGAGACAGAGAAAAAAAAAUAUGUUUGCACACAAUCUUUAAACGUGAACCUGGACAUAGACACACUAAAGUUAAUGUUGGAUGUAAGUCAACAGUCAUAGUGGACAGUAUCCCAUUUUAGGCUGAAGUAGGAGUACACGCUAUGAUAUAGACAAAAACUACCUAUGGAGUCUGUCCAAUUAAAAAUAACCUAAUUCAGGCCUUAUACUCGCCCUUAGUGCCAAUUGAAAGCCGACUGUAAUGCCAGCCCUAACACACAUACAUAAACACACACACACACACACACUUAAUUUUACUGCCAUGUCUCUGAGCUGCUGCCAAGAAAUAGUCACAUUUUUAUAUUUCUUUCCUGCUUUACAUUCCAAAUCAGAAACCAUUGCAAUGCCUUACAAUCUCAAGAAACAUUUCAGGACAUCAGUUUAUAUUCAAACUUAUAAUGUUGUCAUUGAAGUUCACACAGUAUCUUGCAAAAGAAAAGCGUUUGUCCUAUCAUCAAGAGUUCAAUUCCCAACAAUUCUACAGCCAUCCAGAUCCCUUCUGUGCACUUCUGCGUGUUUUCAACCGCCCUGUGGUGUAAACAUGAGCAGCAUUUCAUGACAGCAUGUGAUAUGAAGCCUUAACCCUCUCCGGUUGGUAGUUGUUAAUCUACAGGGUUAAACUAGGUAGUGGUUGGAAACUGACAAAAUGAGAAAAUUGGAGGAAAUGGAAUAAAAAUCAUCCGCCCACUGCUAAAAAUGUACACUACAUACAAAUAGAGAUUUCUUUCGAUACAGCCUUUGUGACUGGAACCAGGGGUCACAAUAGCUAUAUUUCUUUCCUUCCUUAUUAGUACCUUAUUACUAACUGCCUACUUUCAUAGGUUUGAUUUACAUUAUAAGCAGCCAAUCGCAUCAACCCACCCCACACAAUUCCCAACAAAACUGGUGUACAAUUGUUUUUACACAGAAAAGAUUGCAGAAGAUUCUAAUGAGAGAACCUAGACACCUUGUCAGUAGGUGGAGCUUCAGAAACUUUAAAUGUGUCGAACCUCUGGUUCCUGUCACUACUAUUGUGAACAAUUAUGAUAUGAUUAAGUAGAAUUAAAAGUUGCUCAAGAAUGCUAUGAUUUUUUUUUAAUCAAAACCACUGGAUCGACUCAGCAGGGAUAUCUGCUUUAACGGCUAGUCGAGACACCCCAUCCUCUUUGUACUGUUUACUCUCCCAGACGGCUGUGUUCCAAGAACGCAAGUACACACUGUGGAGCAAAAGAGUGUUAUAGCUGUGUGCAGAAGAAGAGGGGUAUGUCAUGGCCAUUAACAUCAGACAUUGCUUCAUCGGCUAUGUUCACAUCCUGUUUAGUGAUUCACGACAUUUAUUAAAGGCAGAAAGCUCAGAGCAUGGCCUCAGACUCUCUCACAUACAGUAUACACAGACACACAGACAUACACACACACCUUCCACUGACUGAUUUAAAGGGAAGCCUUGGUUUUAAUGCAGGGCAAUCCUUAUCUGCCUUCACAUAAUCAUGCUGAAAUUGUCAUAAAUCAGCUUGUUUUACCGUCAAUUUUAUUUUUAGUGGCAUUAUUCGAAUCACCGAUCUCACAAAAUAACUGGACUGCCUGAUUCUGUGUCUCACUGCAGGGAAGCGUGGUUGCCGAAAGGCGGCCAUGUCAUCAGCGUAGUAGAGGACUAGCAUUGCUAAAAUGAGAAUUAAUGAUGGCGAUGGACUUUUCUUUUCUAAUCAAUGGAAGUGCCUCUGUAUUCCCAUUAUGCAAUUUGUUAAACAUGAAUUCAGGUUAUUUUCUCACAUAUAAGCUAUAGAGGAAGAAAUUUUUAUGUCUGGAGCAAAACAAGUGGCAAGUGACAGCUCACUAAUUACAGACAUCUUUAUAUAUACAGGAGAUAUCCAUAUAUAUUUAUAUAAACAUUUUUUUUGUUCACAUAAUAAGCUCAGUGGCAGUCUAGUUAUUUUCUGAAGUAUGGCAGCAUUUCGAUUAAUAAAAUGAGUUCUUUUUUUUGUUUUUUUAAGUAGUACCAGUCUCAAAACCCAGUUAUACACUCAACAUAGGAAAAGCCCAACAAGAAAAGUCCCUGGAAAAUUAAAAAAAAAAAAAAAAAAAAUAGAAAAUGUAUUUCUAUAGUAAACAGUAUCAGUAGUGUUGAGGAGAAAGAUGUGGCUUUUGAGUUCUUUUGUGUUUGGAUGGGAAGUAUUUGUAAUUGAAAAAUAAUGUAUGUUGAUUGAGCCAUGUGCAAUGCCUUGGGUAGAGAAAUGUGUUCGUCUGUUAGAUUGUUAGAGGGUGUGAUAGAAGAGGGGAAAAAUACCCUUCUGUUAUUGUUUCAAGUCCAAAUGGUCCGGGACUCUAAACUACAGGGCAGAGAGAAAAAAAAAAGUCUUUGUAAGUUUUGGGAGUUUUUUAAUCUUUCUUUCUUUUUUUUAAUAUCCUUUUUUUCCUUUUUUAAUGUUUAUUUGUAAUGAUUUGUGCUCAAAACUUGGGAGGGCUGAAGAAACAGUUUUGCAACACAUCAAAAAAUAUAUAUAUCACUAAAUGAAACUGGUGCUUUUUAUGGAAUACAGUACAUUCAAACUCUAUUAUACAUAAAUAAAAAACAAGUAAGUGUUAUCAUAACGCAAAAAUUUUAGGAAAAAAACAUGCAUACUCUAUUUCUUGUUUAGAAUUUAAAGGGGGAGGGGUUCAUUUUAGUCGGAAAAAAAGCAAAAAAAAAAAAAAAAAAGCAUUUUUCUCCCAAAGGAGGGUCUAGUCACAGAGGAUGGAUAAAAUCCAGAGCAUUGACAAAUACACGCAAAAUCCUAAGAAGGAAAAUUAAAAAAAAAAAAAAAAAAGAAUUUAUUGUUUACAGUGUUAAGAUGAGACAGAAGAAAUUGCACUAUGUAUUCGGCAGCCAUAAUAACAGACGUUACUAACCAUUACAACACAUAGUCGAUUCUGUUCAAGACUUUAUCCUGCCAGAAGCUCAAUGCAUCGAUGGUUUUUUGUACAUGGAGAUUUAAAUCAGAUCCAGACUGAAUGACAAGAUCUUCCCUUUUCUUGGGUGAUGCUUCUAAUUGACUUGAUCGCCCUUGAAAAACAGCAGAAAUGAGACCUUUUUAUCAGUAGCUGUUGUUUAUUAUUAUUAUCAGCCUCCCUUCUUAUGAUCAGUAUUCGUGCGAGCCGAACGUUAUUUUAAUAAAUAGAGCUGCAAAUGUUACAAAGUGAACCCCACCCCCUCUCCUAAACCAACACCCCUUCCUGGUCCCAAUGUAAAUUACUCUAAACUCUAAAUAUUUGUUUUGUGAUGUAGUGUUAGACUCAGAGCAUCUUCAAGGUUGUCCCUAAAAAAGUGCCUUUGUUCACAGACUCCAUCUUGUAAUCCUCAGUGCCCGUUUCAGAAAAAAAAACCCUUUCAACCCGCUUCUAUAUUCUCUCCUUCUUCAAGCUCUUCAAAGCAGUAUAUAUAGUACUAAAGGAAAUCGGUGUGACUUAGUUUCUCUUUUUAUUGUUGAUGCUAAAAUUGAGGAAAAAAAAAAAAAGACAAAAAAGUCCUUCCUGUCUUGCUUUUCCUUCCUCUGUACUCCUUUCCUUGUCUUCUGCCUCUCUUGGACACUGGAAUAGUCUGUAGUUGCAUAACCAUCUUCUUUCUCACCCUUCCCCAUUUUCAUUGAAUGGAGGGGUUUUUAAAAGAAAAAAAAAAGCAAAAACUUUUUGUCUGAGCAGAAUGCAGUUAGCUUACAUGUUAUUCUUGUCUGUAUGCUUCACAUUGUAUACCAUACCGAUCUCUUCAGCUUCUCCAUUGAACAGUUAAUGUAAGUGAACAAGUUACACCAGUGAGCUCUGGCGGGAUGUCAAUCAAAGGGUGUAUGAAAGGGAAAAGGUUCCAACAUGGAGCAGUUUAAUCAGAUUUUAGUGAAGAAACUGGUUGGCGUAGGAAGUCCUCUUAAUAUGUGGUGGAAGGAAUCUAGGCUGCUGGGUUACAAUAGGUUUGCGACUUGUUUUGAUUGUAUUUAUUUGUAUUAUUUUUUUAACCAUUUUUUGUCAAUGUUGCGUAUUUAGGUGGUAUCAAUGCCACACUGAGUAUUGUUUUCAGAUGAUGCACCUUUGCAGUGGUUAUAUGAGACCAGCUAUUUAAACACAUGGAAGUACAAUGGCCUGAAAUUACUAAGCACCUUAUUACGGAAUGGGUACAGCACAAGGGAUGAGAGAAGGAUACAGAAAUACACACACAAAAAAAACUAAAUUCCAGUUUAAUCUGCAAUUACGAGCCAAUCCCCUCAGACCAAACUGACAAGCUGCAUGCCAUCCACCCUGAACUGUAGUGAAUUAAGAUGCCUUGAAAAUCAUUAAACACACCAGCAAAGGAAUAAUCUCAGGCCUAACAAAUCACAGCCUGAUUAUUGUCCCACGUAAAUAUGCAAACUUUACACGAAGUACACGAAGCCAGCAACAGUUAUCAGCCAUGAUUACAAGAGAUGAGAUCAGAAGAGAAAAAAAAGCCAUAACAUUGUGGACAGAACUUUCCCAGGCCCUUGUCCCUUCCUGGCGCUGACCAUCCAUUACCUUUAGGGGUUGUGUUUUUUGGUAGAUUGUAUAGGGUUUUGGGAUAAGUGAUAAGCUUAGAGUAGAUCGAUUUCCCAGCAGCCUUUAUCCUGGCCGGUAGCUUCUUCACUAACCCUAAAAAGCUAUUGCCCUCCUUAUAGACAUGCCCUCCAGAGCUCAUGGUGAAAUGCAUGUGUUAAUUACGAUUUCUUUUCCAUAAUAAGAAAAACAGUUUGAAAAGAACAGCACCUUUAACUGAUUGAAAUAAAAGGAUGUUCUUGACUGUAA